AUGAUGAUCGACUUACGACCGUACAGGAAACAGCUGCCUGCCUUGGCCUUGUGGUGUUUUUGCGGAACCUGCUUUUAUUCAUUUGUAGCGUAUCAAAUGUAUGGCGAAAGAGGACGAAAGAAUAGGGUAAGUUGAUUUCAGUUGAAAUCAAUAAGGGUAAAUAGGGUAAGUUGAUUCGAACAACGUUGAGUUAAAUUAAAUGUGGUGACGGGAAAGGUGAUAUUAUGGAUUUUUAAUUCAGGGGAAAUUAGAGUGGUUUAGCAAGAGGACAGGAACGUCAUUUCAGAACGGCGCGCGCUGCAAAAAUGUCGAUAAGAAACUGAGUCGAGAACGCUGUCGCGUUAUGUUGAAAAGUGAUUUAGCAGUCGUAGCAACGGGAAUCCUCACCUCGGCUUUUUAAAGAUGACCAUCACCUUUGAAUUUUCGGUUUUAUGUACCACUCUAAGGACAACGAAAUUAUCUUCUUUGAGAGUUAUGUAACAAGCACAAACAGAGGAUAUUUAUAGAUACGGCAAGUAAGUUGUUAAUAUGAAUCCACAUAGGCCAUUAAACUUUGAAACUAUUCCAUUCCAGUUUAGUCUCGAGUCUGCGGAUUCAUCGAUCAAAUUUUGAAGCCCACUAAAUAGUUUUUUUCUAUGAUUUGUGUCGCUUUCAUUUCGUUUCGUGCUACUAGAUUUCAGCACUACUCAUUUUUCUUCAUAAUUUUGUAAAGGAUAAUUUGGAAAUCGUCGUCGUUUUUCCCCUUGUUUACAGAAUAUUCUUCUCAAUUAUGACAGUACAUCUCUUUUGAGCACCACCUUCUUAGAGUAGAAAUGCUUUUUGAACGGAAUUAUCAGGAGUUGUGGUGAAACCAUGUAGAAACUAAGCGACCCAACGAUGGAGUUUUUUACGAGAGUUCUUACUUAUCCGUGAAAGAAUGAAAUUAACUCAAACUAGUCACCAACGAAACAGUUUGACUUAGGAAUAAGACUCCGUUCCUGUUUUACUUUUUCGCUUUUGUUUAAUUUAAUUUUUUUUAAAGGGAUGAAGUCGUUCAAGACUGAAUCAAAUUAAUUGAUUUAGAAAGCUGUGCCGAAAUAAAAUUGAUUGUCAUUUUAUUUCAAAGCGAGAGCAUGACUUUCUUGUCUUAGUUUUCACCAGCGCUGAUCAAAAAUUUCAAACAUAAAAAAAAGUGCAUACUUGCGCUAUUCUCAUUUUUUUUUCAUCUCUGACCUCAAUUCGCAGAAAAGUUUUCAAUCACGGUAAAAACGACAAUAACAACAGAUAACACCGAAUAAUACAGUAGGUAAGCGCCGUGAUAUUUCAUUUUGAUAAACUUCAACAUGAAGCAAGUUUAAUUUAUUGAUGAAUUGAUUCAUGAUAAAAUUAAAAGCAUCCCAUUCUUAGAGUUUUCAUACGGGAAUAAAGAAAUGUAUCAAAGAACAGCCUUUUUGCUGUUUUAAGCCUUGCUCAAUUACAAGUGUACUGAGCCCCAAAAUCUUGGAUCCGGUGUUUGCCAACGAUUGUGUUUCCUUUCAGGAAUUCAGCAUAAAUGAAGUGGUAAAUUUUCCCAAAAUACACCGAAUAAACCAAAGGAAAGGACCAGGUUAUCCUGGAAAUGAGUUCUGAAAUAAUUCCUGAUAUAAUUCCAAACAGCAUUAUCUUGUUUUUAAGCGCAAAAUUUACGCAAAUCCCAAGCGUUUUGAUUGCAACGGUGAAACCAGCGAAAUGAUGUCCUGAACUUGUUAGGGAGAACAGCAACGUAAACACUGGAAGUUGAAAUAGAGUCGUGUCCAGACUAUCUGCGCGCUUUCCCGUUCUAAAAUGACGUUCCCGUCCUCUUGCUAAAUCAUCCUAUUGUCGAACUUGUGGUGUUGAUACUCAUUUAAAGGUUCUUUUAAAUAAUACCUUAUUAAUUUGAAACUUUGAAGGUGAUGCAAAUUUGUAAUUCAAGCGUAAUAGUGCAUUGAUCAAUUCGAGGUUUCUACAUCCCAACCACCAGGCAUUUGAACUUUGAAAAUUUAAUAUUCAAACUUGCGUUCCCCUGGAAAAAAAUGUGUUUGCAUGCCCCAAACAAAUGCCGGAUUGACGUUUAAUAUUUUUGCAAGAGGAAAAAUCAGUGACCAUGACUCACUGAAAUGGGUGGACAUAACAAAGCUAAAGCUAAACCCUAGACCUUGUAGACCUUUUCUUCUGAGCCAUUCGCUGGCAAAAGUGAACUCUACACCCUUCAACACUUCCAUAUCAAAAGACUUGACACUUCCAGUUCAAAUUCUCCAUCCUAGCCGGGCAAGGUUCAAAUUACCCACCCCAGCCAGGCGAGGUUCAAAUUCCCCACACAACCAUGCAACUGGAUAAAAAGUGGCAUGUAUCGUCAUGAAACAGACAGUUUUCACUUGCCUAUCAAAGGAGGAAACACUGCUUUUCAAGUCAGUUAAUCUGGAUCUAAUUAUCAAAGUAAGAUUUUUAAGACAACUUACAGGACAAAAACAACAAUUGUUUACUGAGCUGCAGAAUGAUAAUGACAACAAAUCUGACAAGAAGUGGAACACAGCUGAAAAAAUUUUUAGAACAUUUUUUGGAAAUUAUUUUGUAGGAAAUUCCAUUAUGGAUGACAGGCAAAUGCCCUUAUGUUGCCUAGUGGAGGGGAAGGGGGGUGAUGAUGCAUCUUCAAAUUGAUUGGCACAUGAUGUGAACACAAUGGCUUAUAAGUUAAAAGGGGUUAACCAUUUAACUCCCAAGAUCUAAUGGAUAAUUCUCCCCUUUAACUGCUACACAUUUUGUCAAAAAUUGGUUGUGAGAAUUUUGUGUUUGAUAACAAAAAGAGCUCCUACCUAAUGAGUUUGAGCAUUCUCAUUACUUGUUUGCUGGAUAAUGUAUGGAUAUUAGAAGGAAAUGUUACAUGUUAAUCACCCCUGGGAGUUUAAGGGUGAAGAUUCUGAAGGAUAUACCUUAGUUGUAACAGAUGAAAGUGUGAACCUUCUGGCUUCCUUUAAAAUGUGUGUUAAAUUUGCAAACCUCAGAGAAAAUGUUUUUAUUUUGGCAGACAAAGCUUCGUGUUAUGCUUGGGCUGGAAUCUCCUGAAGCUACUGGAGAAGAUAAGGAGUGGGAGACACUUAUAAAUGAAACAACUUAUAACAAGAAUGAUGACAAGGAUCUCAAGUUCAGAUGACAACCUGCUGCUAUUUCCUCAGACACCUUCAUAAAGAUAUAGGCCAGCAACUGUAUGGGCAGUUUUAUUUGACAUUUACAUUGUAUAUAUGAAAGGUGUUGAGGUCAACAUUAAUAUUUGUGUCACUGUAUUUUGGAUAAUUUGAAUAGAGACACAUUGUUAAAGGUAAUUAUCAGGCACAUUGCUAUGAGUUUUUAAUUAAAAAGUAUUGCUGAAAAGAAGUAAAAGGUUGAUGUAAAAGAUCCUUUAAAAAAGCAGUUUUAUGGAAGCUCAAUGGAUAAUGUUGAAUACAGGGUCUUCAUUAAAGAAAUGUCGUUGCAGCAGAAUAGUAUAAAGUAACAGGAGAUUGCACUUUACUUACGUAUGAAAAAUAUGUUUGUGUUUUAUCAGAACAGGGGUGCAUGCUAAAAAAUAGGGGCCUGUUGGUUACAGAAUGCAAAAAAAGUUUUAUCAGUGGUAUCCGUCUUUCUCUCUUUUGAUCUUCUAGGCUUGGAAGGUAACCACAAAUUGAAAAAGAAGGGGCUUGGUUUCCUCUCUUGUCCCGGUUCUAUCCCAAUCUCUUCUUGCAUAAAGUUUGUUCAUACUGAGAGAACCACAGAAUACUAACAUUGUACAAUUCAAGGAACGUGGUGGGGUUGUUCCCUUUAAAUCUCAGAGAGGAUUAACGAGUAACUUCCCCCUAUAGUGUCCUUACAUUAACUAGCCAACAGGUUAUGAGAAUAUUCAAAACUUAUCAGAUAGAAGCUGUUAUCUUGAUCCAACACUAAAUUCUUGUAACAAAUUUUUAAGGAAAUGUAUUGUAGCUAGAGGGGAGAAUUAACAAUCAGAUCUUGGGAGUUAAACAGUGAGAAUGGUGGAAAAAAACUCCUAACGUGUGCAACACCAGAUAGGUUUGUUGAACAGUUUAUUUGAGAACAAAACCC